AUGUCAUAUAAAUCAAAGUACCAUUCAGAAGAAGAUGAAGAGUAUGAAAAGAAAGAUGAAGAAAUAAAAAGGAUGAAUGAAAAGAAAAAUGAGGACCGAGGAAAAGAGAUUGAAAAUCAGAAUGACAAGAAAAAAAGAUUUGUAACAAGAAGUGUUUAUGGAAGAACGUCAUCCACUGAAAAAAGUAGUACUACACACCUUCACUCCAACGAAAAUGUUAAGUAUCAACAAAAAGAAAGAACUUUAAAUAAAACUUUAAAAGUAGAAGAGAAACAAGAAAAAAAAGAAAUUGAUGAAAAAACUAAGAAAGAAAUAAAAGAGGAAGAAAAAGUGUAUAAAAGUAUUAAAAGUAAUGAACUGAAAGAAUACCAACAAGAAAAUAAAGAAUUACUUAUUAAUGAAAAUGAGCAAUUGUCAUAUAUUUGUCAACAAAUUAAAAAUACUGAACAAUUAUUAGAACAAUUAAAAAAAGAAGAACAACGACUAAGAGGAAAGAUUAUUGAAGGAAAAAGUCAAAUAAACCAAAAUGAAAAUAUUGUGAUUGAUAUAAUGUGUAUUCUUCCAAAUGGUAAACAAAUUUGGAUUAAUAUUAAUAAAGAUGAUGACCCAAAUGAAAUAUGCAAGAAUUUGUCAAAUGAAUACUUACUUUCAAAAGAAUCUGAACAAAAAUUAUUGAAUUACAUUAUUGAGGCACAACGUCAAUAA